CGUCAGGUCACCCAGUAAUUCUGACCAAUAUUGACAUAUUUUGCACGGUGCGUACAAGUAUUAGGUACAAGUAAAUCGUGAUAGUACUGAUACCUACAUGUAAUUCCAAAUACAUUAUCCGUUGAAAUGAGAAAACGUCUUUAGGCUACGGCAGUCACUACCACCUAAUGCAUGGAUAAUUGCCACAGACAAGUCUAAAUAAUCAUUUUAUUUUGGGGAUGUGAACUAGGUCAGAAUGGAACAAAGCACGUCUUAUCGUAAUACAGGAAUCCCUUGUGGUGACAGUCGUAAAUACAGAAGUCGUGGAGUUACACGUACAUCAGAGGAUCCAUAUACACCAUACGAUGAUCAAGCAUUGGAUUCUGCACCAAGUGAUUCUGUCGUCACGGCAACUGAUAGGCAGCUCAAGAGGCUUUUGGAUAAACAAAUGGACACCAAUGUUUCUAUAGAAGGGCAAUUAGCACAAAAGAAGCAGUUUACUGAAAGUUUAACAUUCAAGCCAUUUAUAGAAAGGGCUGCUGGGCAGCUCAGUCUGGACGAAUUCGCUAAGCUGCAGGAGGAAGAAGAUGAGUUGGAAGAAUUGAGACAAUGUGGUCUGUCAGAAGAGGAAAUACACCUUUAUUUGCACCAUGAAGGGAAGCAUUUCACUGGGAUGCCAACGAAAAAAAGAAAGUCCAGUAUGGAUCCCCUGGCGUACAAAAAUAAAGUGAAGGAGAUAAAACGGAGAAUAGAAUUGCGGAAAACAGUGUUAUCCGCUAAGCAACCUGAAACUUUUUUGCAUGUGAAAUCAAUGAGCCGACAUGAGAUGGAAAUAGAAAGAUCUCUUUAUCACGGAACUGAUAAAGCCGAAUCAUUGAAUCAUCUAAUUGCAAGAGAAAUCCCCCGGGGAUUAGAAGAAGAUCCGAUCAAUAACCUUGACUGCAUCGCACAGGAGUUAUUUGGGAAAAUAAAAAAGGUAAACGAGCACAAGACUAAAUCAUCACAAAUUCCACAUGCUGAGUGUACAUUGGCCAUAGCUGGGCCAGCCAUUAAGGAAGAUAAAGCAGCAAUUUGUGGCUGUACAUCACUACCAGUUGUCAGCUCAUCUCAAUAUGGCAGUCAAGAGGCUAUUCCUUCAGGUGUAAACGAUGGAGAUUUGUUGCUGACAAGUGCCGUGGACAGUAUGACAGCUAAAGUUGAACACAUGAUCAAUAACAAACCUGUCAAGAUAAAAGGCGAUAUUGAAAGUAUUCCAGAAGACCAAAUUGUCAAAAACAGGCUGAGUUGUGAGGUGCUCAGGGGAUUACCCAGAUUUAAGGAUUACGAACCCGGAAGCCCUAAUAAGGUGCUAUACGUUAAGAAUCUUGCAAGUGGAGUGACUGAGUCUGACCUGGUUGCCUUAUUUAUCAGGUUCCAGAACACCGAGAGGUCACCUGUCCUAUUUCGUCUAUUAACUGGUCGAAUGAAGGGCCAAGCAUUCAUUACAUUUGACUGUGUUGAAUCAGCAGUGAAAGCACUACAGCUUAUCAAUGGAUAUCUGCUGAAAGGAAAACCAAUUGUUAUACAAUAUGGAAAGAAGCAAUGAUUUCUUCAGGGAUGUCAGAAAAGGAAAAUCUGAUAAAGAAUGCCUGUGGAAUCGCCGCCUUGUUUUAUACAUAACGACACAGUUGCCCUGUGUUACUGUCUACCGUUCUUGGUUGAAUAUUACUUUUAAUCAACGUCUAACUACUAUAUGCCGCCC